AUGAAUACUUUUUUCUCUACAGCAGAUAAAGAAGUUGAGAAGCCAAAAGAACCCAGUAAAGAGCCAGCAGAACCCGAGCCAAUGGAGAUGGAAGAGGAAGAGCCUAAAGAGGAACCUCCAAAAGAGAAGAAAGAGGAGCCAAAAGAGGAGGUGUUGACUGAAGAAGAGAAGGCAGCACAAAAAGCCAAACCUGUGGCCACCACUCCUGUCCCUGGCACGCCAUGGUGUGUUGUGUGGACUGGUGAUGAGCGGGUAUUUUAUUAUAACCCAACAACCCGCUUGUCAAUGUGGGAUCGGCCAGAUGAGUUGGUUGGAAGAGCGGAUGUGGACAAAAUUAUCCAGGAGCCGCCUCAUAAAAAGUCUGAGAAUGAGAAAAAACCCGUUAAAGAGGAGACUGAACCCCUAGAAGAUGAAUAUGAUGAUGAACCAAUUAAAGCAAAGAAGCGAAAGAAGGAUGAUCUCAAAGAUCCAGAAUCUGAGAAAGAGGCAGCUAUGGAAGCUGAGAUCAAAGCAGCCCGGGAGAGGGCCAUUGUCCCGCUGGAUUCUCGCAUGAAACAGUUCCGAGAUAUGCUACUUGAGAGAGGGGUCUCAGCAUUCUCUACAUGGGAGAAGGAACUCCACAAGAUUGUUUUUGAUCCGAGAUACCUCCUCCUGAAUCCGAAGGAAAGAAAGCAGGUUUUUGACCAGUAUGUUAAAACUAGAGCUGAAGAAGAACGUAAAGAGAAGAAAAACAAACUGCAACAAUCAAAAGAAGACUUCAAAAAGUUACUAGAAGAUGCAAAGUUAACUCCCAGAUCCACUUUCAGUGACUUUGCUGCCAAAUAUGGCAAAGACUCCAGAUUCAAAGCAAUUGAAAAGAUGAAAGAUCGGGAAAGCAUGUUUAUCGAGUUUAUUACCAGUGUGAGGAAACGAGAGAAGGAAGAUUCGAAGAGUCGGACAGAGAAGCUAAAAGGCAACUUCUUCGACAUGCUGUCUGAGCAUCACCUGGACAGUCAGUUACGUUGGAGCAAAGUGAAGGAGAAAUUUGAAAGUGACUCGCGUUACAAAGCUGUGGAUAGCUCUGGGCUAAGGGAGGAUUUCUUUAAGCAGUAUAUGGAGAAGCUAGCUAAGCACAUAGACUCUGAUAAGGAGAAGGAACUGGAGCGCCAAGCACGAAUAGAAGCAAGUUUACGAGAGAGGGAGAGAGAGGUUCAGAAAGCUCGUUCAGAGCAGACCAAGGAAAUUGAUCGGGAACGAGAACAGCACAAGAGAGAGGAAGCUAUCCAGAAUUUCAAAGCUUUACUGUCUGAUAUGGUCCGUUCUUCCGAUGUGACAUGGUCAGAUACUCGGAGGACCCUUCGCAAAGACCACCGCUGGGAGUCUGCUUCAUUACUGGAACGAGAAGAGAAGGAGAAAUUAUUUAGUGAGCACAUAGAAGCGCUUACAAAGAAGAAGAGGGAGCAUUUUAGACAGCUUCUGGAUGAAACCUCAGCGAUUACUCUUACCUCUACAUGGAAGGAAGUGAAAAAGGUCAUCAAAGAGGAUCCUCGCUGCAUCAAGUUCUCGUCUAGUGAUAGGAAAAAGCAGAGAGAGUUCGAAGAAUACAUUCGAGAUAAAUACAUCACAGCCAAAGCUGACUUUAGGACACUGUUGAAGGAGACCAAAUUUAUUACUUACAGGUCAAAAAAACUACUGCACGAGUCAGAUCAACAUCUAAAAGACAUUGAAAGGAUCCUUCAGAAUGACAAACGGUACUUGGUGUUGGAGUGUGUGCCUGAGGAGAGACGCAAGCUCAUUAUGGCCUACAUUGAUGAUCUUGAUCGGCGAGGCCCUCCCCCACCUCCCACAGCAUCAGAACCAACCAGACGCUCUGCCAAAUAACACCACAAGGUCCUCCUGAGCAUGAGCAGGCUGCCCAUCAACUGAGACUUGUGCAUGAGCCAUCUGCCAGACAUCAACGUGUGUGCAGUAUUAAUGUGUCUGCUUUGUCCAGUUUUGUAUAUAGUAUGGACACAUUUGUACCAGCUUGUCGUCAUGUUGAAGUGGAAGCUUUGACUCAUCAUUCAGUUGUGUAAAAUAAAAGUUUUAAAAAAAAAAAAAGCUGACGUAGUAUGUGUAGCAUGGUCAUUGUCCAAACAAAUGGCUGUGCCACAGCAACACUGUAAAAACUAGCAUUUAGUUACCAGUAAUUUUCCAAGUCAGUCACUGAUCUCAGAAGGGGUUUUGUUUGUAACGUUUAAGCUUUUACUUGCGUUUAAAUGUAAGUUUCCAAAGUGACUUUAUUAACUAAGGUGUUGGAAAUGUUGCCUAGUUGAAAUGUUUACUGCAAUAAACCAUCUUUUUUUUCUAAAA